AGAGCUGUAGAGUAGUGCAUUGUCACAGCGGAGGUUGGAUCUCGGCGGUCCUCCUGUUCUCUGGGGUCCCAGAGGCUGCUCAGCCCCGCUCAGACACUCGUCUGUCCUCUCUCGGUCUUCAUGGCUUCUCCGGAUGAUCCUCUGCGCUCAGAUCACAUGGCCAAGGAGCCAGUGGAGGACACAGACCCCAGCACUUUAUCCUUCGCCAUGUCAGACAAGUAUCCCAUUCAAGACACCGGCCUCCCUAAAGCCAAGGAGUGUGAUUCAGUCAUUUCCAACUGUCCACCAAAUUCUGAUGAUCAACAUCAGGAAGAAGAAAACGACUUUCCAGACAGCACUGGAGAUCCCCUUUCAGGUGUCAGCAGAAACCAGCCAUGUAAGGAAGGCUGCUCUUGCUCCUCCUGUUCACCCCGGGUCCCCACCAUCAGCGACUUGCUCAAUGAUCAGGACUUGCUGGAUGUGAUCAGGAUAAAGCUGGAUCCGUGCCACCCGACCGUGAAGAACUGGAGGAAUUUUGCCAGCAAGUGGGGCAUGCCCUAUGAUGAACUGUGCUUCCUGGAACAGAGGCCCCAGAGCCCCACGCUGGAGUUCUUGUUCCGAAACAGCCAGAGGACUGUGGUCCAGCUGAUGGAGCUCUGCCGACUUUACCACAGGGCUGACGUGGAGAAGAUCCUGCGCAGGUGGGUGGAUGAGGAGUGGCCCCACCGGGGACCCUCGGACAGUUCCAUGCACUUCUAGGAUCCCCUUCUGGCACUGGCCUUUCUGCAGCAGAACCAGCAUGGGUCACAGGGAAUAUGGACCUGCUCUUAAGAUUUUCAGAGGAGAUGUGGAAUGGUCAGCGGUUGUCCCUGAAGCUAGCGGCUGGUGGAAGGAUGAGCUCGGGAUUGGUGGCAGGUAUUUGUUUCUUUUUGCACAUCUGUUUUAAUUUAAUAUUCGAAACUGGAAUUGGGGAAGAAUAUUUUGUAGGUUUCAUAGGGCCAAAGCCUGUGGUUGGGACAGAAUCGUGCCAGCAUGGAAAGCAAAGAUUGCAUCGGGAUCCCAAACUGCUGAUGUCUCUGGACAUGCCCACAUCAUCCUAUGCAGAACCUUUGCACUCCCAGCCUAGCAGAAGAUGGGAUGGAGAAGUCACCCUGGCCUGUUCACUGUUACUGUUUCUGUUGUAAAGGGCUUAAGAUCUAUGGCUUUUGAUAUGGCCUGGAUACAAGAGCCAUCUUCUUUAUUCAAAUACUUUUGUAAUUCAUGGGCUAUCGAUACUGUCAUUG